UUGAAAGAUAGAUAUUAGAGACCUAUAACUUUCACGUCAAUCUUUCUUUCUUUCUUUCUCAUAGUCAUCAACUACUGACUCACAUAACAAUUACAACUACAAUGGACAGACCUCACCCAACUCUGAUAGUACCCUCUCAACCAUUUCUCCUCUCCUGUACGUCAAAGAAAUACCUUCAACCCAACAAAACAUUCAUUCCAAUCCAACCUCAAUCUUCUCCUCUCACACCCACAGAGGAAAAAUAUGGCCAAGAGAUCAGAUUUUGCACAGAAGCUGCUUGAUGACCUCCGCCUCAGGAAACAACGAAUGGCUUCGUCUCAAACUUCACACCAAUCCCACCAUUUUCCCAUAGAUGCAUAUGCUUACACAAAACAAGCAUAUAGAGGAUCCAGAAAUACAAAAGCUAACGAAAUUGUGACUUCCAGAACUGGGGUGACGCUGAAUAGCUCAAGUAGAAGCCACAGAUCAGUAAACAAUGGGCAAGUUUCAAACCAGAUGGUCCCGUAUGGGAAAGGUCAGAGCUCAAGGCUAACUGGUGACAUGUCCCUUGCCCUGGCUUUUGCCUUAGAGAAUGGAGGGAAACUAAAAAGAAGUGAUUCAAUUAUGGGUUUCCUUCACCAAAUUAACAGAGGAACAUUGGAAUUCAGCGUGCCAGAAAGACAAGUAGCUUCAACUAGCAACUAUCCUAUCCAAAUAAACGAGAUAUCCAAAGGUGCACACAAACUAAACCAGAUUUUGAGAGCCUGCACCAAUGGCCUUAACAUGGACACAUAUUCAAUACAAUUUGCAAAGGAACUACUGCAAGGAGCUAUUGAUUUGGAAGAGUCCCUCAGGAUGCUAGUAGACCUGCAAAAUAAUUCACAGUUUAUGAUUACCUCGCAGAAGAAAAAUCGAAUCACACUAUUAGAGGAGGAUAAUGAUGACAACGAUGACACGGGGAUGGAAAUGCAACUGACAAGAUCAACUUUCUCUUUUGACAAACAUACUACUCAGAACACCCAACAAAUUGGAAAGGCUACUUUCAUGCAGAGACCAAUUAGUCUUACAAGCUCUAAGGAAGACAGCAACUCAAAUAAUGAGAACAAAACUGUGACGAGACAAGUUUCUCAGAAGCGAUCAACUAAAACUAGCUCUAUCUCUACCUCUGGCAUUAAGAAUGUCAAUGCUAAUUCAGAAGGGAAAAAUCAGACGGCCUCCAACCCAGAGAAGGGCAGGAUUCCAAAUGUAAUAGCCAAACUAAUGGGGCUGGACAUCCUUCCUGACAGAGGGGAAAUGGAUUCAAAACACGUGAUGCUACAGAAAAGGGAAGGAAUAUCACCCAAGCAUACUGCAAAAGGAAGAACUAAGAAGACUGAACUGCAGCGCAAAGAAACAGAUAAUUUGGUGCCUAUAAAAGAGCAAAAGGAUAUAGAAGCUUUCAAAACUCCUGCAACUAAGGGUGAAGAGAUGAUGUCGGGGGCAAAUACAAAUUUUCUUGUAGAAAAAACCAGCUCUGGGUUGUCUCUUCAGAAUGGAAAACCACUGUUGAGAGACCAGGAUGGAAUAAAAACACUGAAAGAAUUUGACAAGCAGACUAAAAGUUCAGCUGAAAAGAAUCUUACUAGAGAUGGUCAAAAUUAUGUUCAGGGGAUAAUAAAAAAAAAGGAUCAUCCAAAUAACAAUAACAGGGAACAUAAAGGCACUAUAAGGGGCAGAACCGACUAUCCAGUUCUUAACAAUAUGCUAUCCCAGCUGGAACAAGUGAAAGAAAGAUCAGAAGUUAAGCCCUCGAUUCAGCCAGAAAAGGUCGUCAAUGCAAACAAUGUUCAGCCUGAAAAAAGGCACACAAACAAGAACAUCACGAACAAUGAAAAGAAGUCUCGGAACAAUAAUGGAAUUCAAAAGACACACGUAGUCUCCAAAAAUGGGCUUCAUGAAGAAAAGCAUCGCAGAGAACAACUCCAGGUUAAGGAAGAACAAAUGCUGAUGAUGAGACCACAAGGAGGGAGUGAAAUCAGCUCAAAAAACUCACCAAAAUCCCCUCCUUCUCAGAAGAAGCAGCUAUCCAUGAACCAGGGGUUCAAGAAAAACUCCGGAGAAAAAAAUGUAGCUGCUAUGAAAUCGGAAGGCCUUUUAACAAAUCAUUAUAAUCUAGUCAGAGAUGAAGCAUCCAAUUAUACAAAUGAGAAAGUAAAAGAAAUUGUCCAUAGGAAGUCAGGCCAAAUUUCCUCUCCAAGAGAUCAAGAAUACGAACGAGCUAAGCGAAGAAGUGGCCUUAGAACUUUGAUGGAUGAAAAACACGUCUAUAAGCUGGCCAGCAAGAAAAUUAAGAAUACCAAAAAGCAAAAUGUAGACGUGAUUGGGAAGAUUGAUCAAGUGUUGACUGGAAGAAAGGGAGCCAAGCUUAUCACUAAACCAAGAAAACAGCAGAUUCCCACUUCUGACAAAUUCGAAGUUUUGAAUGAAGCAGAACAAGAAAGGAUUAGCUUGUUCAGAGAAACAGAUGCACACAUCAUUAGCCCCAGUGAACAAGUAUAUGUGGAUGCGACUGAACCAUUGGAUGUGAAGCGCCAACCCCAUAAAGAAUCUGAACUACCGCCUACAUUCUCCAGUUCUGUUGGUGGUGAACUUCAAAGCCAACAAGAUUUGGUAGUAACAGUUCCCAGUGAUUUGCAUUGCCAAGAUGUGUUAUCAUUGCAAGAUCCUGUUGCAGCAGAUGAAAGAUUCGUGACUGGUGAGGUUGCAUUACAGAAAACAAAUGGAAUUCUGGAAGACAGAUUGCGUGUUAAGCACUCAAACCUAGAAGAUCAGAAUAUUUGUGAAAAAAGCUUCCAACAGCCACUAACAGAAAGUGAAAACUGCCUCAAGUGGAUUCUGGUCAUGAGUCAACUAUUCGUCAACACUGCAGAAGGACUUUUCAAACUGAACAUCCCGUUUAACGUUCUUCAAGGUGGUGGUCGGGAGAUUCAAGACGAAGGUAGCAAACUUAUAUUAGAUUGUGGAUAUGAAGUGAUGAAAAGAAAGGGGAUAAGGCAAGAACUCAAAAGAGUUCAUAGUUAUUCGAGGAUAUCAAUGGGUACCACCAACAUAAUAUCCUUUGAUGAGUUAGUUAGGCAGCUGAAUAAAGACAUGGAGAAGAUCAAGUUCUACGGUAGGAAAACAAGGUGCCAAGUCGAUGUUGAGGACUACCUACCUAAAAUGCUUGAACAUGAUGUUUAUGACAAAGAUCCAGACGUGAACUGCAUGUGGGAUUUAGGUUGGAAUGAUGAGACAGUUGCAUUUAUCGAGAAAUACGAUGUUAUAAGGGAUACGGAAAAGAAUAUUCUUAGUGUUCUACUGGAUGAGAUCACCCUAGAUUUUUGCACGUUCAAUCAUACACCGAUACAGUAGAAAGAGAGCUGCUCCAAGUAAGGGGGACAUGGAGCUAAGUUUGUGUUUUGUAAUUUUUUCGAUGCAAUUUUUGUGUUUUGUAAUUUAUAAGAAUAAGGAUUGGGUUACGGCAAUGAUUUCUAGCAUUAGAAACUCAUUCUGUUUCUUCGUAUCAAUUUAGCGUGGUUCACGAAAUCAAAAAGCUUGUCUUAUUUUGUUUUUGCUACCA